CCUGCGAACAUAUCUAUAGAAUAGAUAGUAAUUAGUACCUACCUCCUACCUAGUAAGUAAGGACGAAGGUUAAUAGCAACUCCCUAAGUAUAAAAGUAGAAUCCCCCUCAGGUCUCACACAUAUUCUCACCUCAUCUUUAACACCUCAACACCUUUCAUACCCUAAACCAAGGAAACUCAUACUCCUAUAUACAAUUCUUACCCCUCUCUUCAAUACAAAGUUAUGGCUCCAACACCAGAGGAAGAGGCCGUACGUUCUACCAAUGAAUCCAAUGACAGAAGGGUGGAAAUCGAAGCUCCAAGGCCGAGCCAGCCUCAGACGCCCGUAGAUGAGUUGGGCAUGGCUGGCAAAGAUGGUUGGAUGGGGCUAUUUGAUAUCGACGAGGAGAUAGCCUCUAGCCUUCGUGGCAUGAGUGAUGAAGAGCUCCGUUCUUUCUCACUGACAUACGAGGAUUCAGCAUGCGACAAACACAUUGAAUUGCAAAUCUACACUUGUUUUCUUGUCUUCUUAAGGACGGGGUCACCGGAACACUUUCAACAAGCCAUUCAGCUAACGCGCAAAUGGAAUGAAACUCUAACGAUUGAUCAUUCUGAUCGCACUCGACGGCACCAAAUCGGCGACAUGAUGGUGGCCUGGGAGCUCCAGCUCAACCUCUUCCUAGAAGAUAAAUUAUCUUCACGAGAAGAAAAUGGUCGCGUAUCUACAUCCGACGAAAGCGACGAACCAUUUUAUCGAGCGGUAAUACUCCGCCAUGCCUACAAGCAGACUGGGAACGUUGAUGACCUGAGGGAAGCGAUUCGGAUAACAGAGGAGAUCGUAAAUAAAUCCCCCAUGUCCACAGCACUCGGGAAUUUAGCGGCUCUACUAGUAGAGCUGUACCAGCGGACAGGUUUGGGGGAUGACUUAAAUCGGGCUUUCGAGGUGGCAAAUACGGCAGUGGAUCUCGUACCUGAAGGCCAUCCUGAUCAAAACUCGUGCUUAGGUAACCUCGCAGCUCUACUUCCCAUCCGAUUUAAGCAGCUAGGUUCGGUGGACGAUUUGAACCGUGCUAUCGAAAUAACAGAGACGUUGGUAAAAACCGUACAUCAGAAUCAUCCUUCGCGAUCUAUAUACUUAACCAACCUUGGAAGUUGCCUCGGCUGGCGGUAUGAACUGGAGAAUUCCUUGAACGACCUAAACCGUGCCAUCGAAGUGGCGAUAAUGGCAGUCAACGCAAUGCCCCGAGACUAUUCUGAUCAAGCCGUUGGGUUGAAUACUCUCGGAGAGUUAAUUGGCCAACGAUUUUUGAGAACGGGCUCGGUUGAUGACUUGAACAAUGCCAUCGACAAAUUCAGUAAAGCAGUGGACACUACACCUGAGGGCAAUCCUUUUCGAGUUGGUUACAUGCGUAACCUUGGACUCUGGAUCGGCAGACGAUUUAGGCGAGAACAUUCGUUGGACGACUUGAACCGUGCUAUCGAUUUGGUAAAUAUGGCGGAAAAUGCCAUACCCCGAGAGCACCCUGAUCGACCCAAUAUCCUAAUCACCCUUGGCGCAUUUCUCGGUUGGCGGUGUCUCCGAACAGGUUCUACAGAUGACUUGACCCGCGCAAUUGACGCGGCGGGCAAGGCUGUAGAUUUUACGCCUGACGAAAAUCCUAUCCGGGCAUGUUGUUUAAAUAACCUCGCAUCGUUGCUCGGCGAACGAUUUAUGCGGAUGGGUGAAAUAGACGACCUGAAUCGUGCUAUUGACACAGCGGAUUUGGCUAUACAAAUCACAAAUAAAAACAUUGCCCGAGCUUCUCGGUUACAUAACCUUGGAGAGUUACUUGCCUUUCGAUUCAAGAAAACGGGUUCGGCGGAUGACUUAAACCGUGCCAUUGAUGUGGGGAACAUGGCGGUUGAUAUCAUGCCUCAAGACCACCCCGAGCGAUCUAACUUCUUAAUUGACCUUGGUACAUACCUCUGCUGGCGAUCUCAAAAUACGGGAUCUGCAGAUGACAUGAAUCAUGCGCUCUCCUAUUUCAAAGAAGGAUGGAGUUGUCAUACCGCCUCGCCAUCUAUGCGGAUUUCCCUAGCUGAUCGGGCCGCCGAAAUCCUCUGCUUGCAAUCUAAAUGGGGAGAGGCAGGCCAGUUGCUUAGGGAAGCUGUGAAUCUUCUCCCUACCGUGAGUCCACGGUCACUAAAGCAUACUGAUAAGCAGGAUACGCUCUCAAAAUUUGCUGGCUUGGCCUCUACGGCAGCAGCUGUAUCUCUAUAUGAGGCGGAAGACGAAGAGGGAGCAUAUCAUGCUUUGAAACUCCUCGAGCUCGGUCGCGGCAUUAUUGCUAGUGUAUUAAUGGAUAUGCGCGUAGAUGUCUCGGACCUCAAGCAGAAGUACCCCACCUUGGCAAGGGAAUUCAUAUCGAUUCGAGAUGAGUUAGACGAUCCAGUAGACAAACUGGCAUCUUUGAAUCUUAGCGACGAUGCGACUUUCUGGGAAUCCCACGUAAAAAGUCGUCGCGAAGCGGACCAAAGAUUCGGCGAGCUCAUUAAAACGAUCCGUGCGAAGCCAGAGUUUCACAACUUUCUUCUUCCUCCGACUAGAGAUGAAUUGAUUGCCGCCGCAGACCCAGAUCCCAUCAUUAUCGUUAAUUUAAGCUCAUAUCGGUGCGAUGCGUUCAUUAUCGAGCAUAAUCGAGUCAGAGUGCUGAAAUUGUGUAAUCUGACCCUCGAAGAAGUCCGAAAGCGAGUUCGGGAUCUGCGAUCAUCUCGUUUUGCGAAUAUGAUGCCGACGCUGAAAUGGCUCUGGGAGGUUGUUUGCCGCCCAUGUCUAGACGCAUUGGGGUUUCAGGAGCCCACAUCCACCGAAGAUUGUCCUCAUAUAUGGUGGAUUCCUACUGGGCUUCUCAGCCAGUUACCGCUUCAUGCAGCGGGAUGUCACCUUGAAAAGUCUACCGAUACCGUUCUUGACAGAGUCGUAUCUUCAUAUGCUUCGUCCAUCAAGACGUUAGUACACGGACGCAGACACCAUCUUGACAACCCCGCCCAGCUUCUGUCUAAUCAGGCACUUUUGGUUGCUAUGCACACAACACCAGGACUAUCUGGGAAUGGGGCUCUUAGAUUUGCCGGGGAGGAAGUGAGUAUGUUGAAAGGUCUUUGUCCAUCGCUUCAAUUAAUGCCAACUUCACCAACACUGCGCAAGGAGGAUAUAUUGGAGUCUUUAAGCGGAUGCAAAAUAUUCCAUUUUGCAGGUCAUGGGCGAUCGAAUCCAAUGGAGCCUUCUCAAAGUGCUUUGCUUCUUGAGGAUUGGCAAACCAACCCACUUACGGUAGGAGACCUACGCGACCGUAGACUUCAAGAGAGCCCGCCGUUCCUUGGUUACUUAUCGGCUUGCUCGACCGGGUCUAACGAGGCAGAAGAUCUCGCCGAUGAGGCAAUCCACCUCAUUGGUGCCCUUCAACUUGCAGGUUUCCGGCACGUCGUGGGAACACUCUGGGAAGUGUCGGAUGAGCACUGUGUUCACGUAGCGAGAGUUUUAUAUGAGACACUGCGCGACGAGGGGAUGACAGAUACCUCAGUCAGUCGAGGACUCCAUCGAGCUGUCAAACAACUGCGCGAUGUGGAGAUCAAGAGAGAGGUACAAGGGAGACAUGCUUCGUUGGUAGAUUCAAAGAUGGAGACAGGAGGGUACACCGGUUUUUUUUGGGUUCCCUACGUUCAUUUUGGCGUUUAGAGAUUGCAAGCUUAUCCUUAUCUCCGAAGUGGAGAAAGCCUCAUCCGGAAUCUAAGAUUGCAUCAGCCUACCUAGGUACAUUCUACGUAGGCAGGUACCUACCUAGGUACCUAGGUAUUGAUUAUCGAUUGAAAAAAAAAAAAAAAAAAAGAGGGAAAUAGAUUUCAAUUCUACUAAAUAAA